GCGGGCUACGCCCAGAGCCUGCGCAGUCAUGGCCGACUACUGGAAGUCACAACCAAAGAAGUUCUGUGAUUACUGCAAGUGCUGGAUAGCAGACAACAGGCCUAGUGUUGAAUUCCAUGAAAGAGGAAAGAAUCACAAGGAAAAUGUGUCCAAGAGGAUCAGUGAGAUUAAACAGAAAAGCUUGGACAAGGCAAAGGAAGAAGAAAAGGCAUCCAAGGAGUUUGCGGCGAUGGAGGCAGCUGCCCUGAAGGCAUACCAGGAGGACCUGAAACGGUGGCUUGGCUUAGAGUCAGACAUUCCACAGCCAAGUAUAUCACCAGUGACCAGCACUGUCAGCCCACCCCCCACCCCAUCAAAUCAACAGAAAGAGAAGAAAAAGGAAAAGGAAAGAAAAAGAAAGACUUCGAAGGGUAGAUGGGUGGAAGGCGUAACGGCUGAUUGUCACUGUUACUAUUACAAUCUCAUCACAGGAGCAUCUCAGUGGGAGAAGCCAGAAGGAUUUCAAGGGAACCUAAAAAAGACAGCAGCAAAGGCCAUUUGGGUAGAAGGUUUAAGUGAAGACGGUUACACCUAUUAUUAUAAUACAGAAACAGGAGAAUCCAAGUGGGAGAAGCCUGAUGACUUCAUUCCACACACUGGAGACGAGCCUUCUAGUAAAGACAGCGAAAAGUCACCUGACACCCUGGAAGAGUCCAAAUCCUCAGAUUCCCACAGUGACUCUGACAGCGAACAGAAGAAGGCCGGGGAGGCCACUGCAGACACGAAGAAACUAAUCAUCAAGUUUAAGGAAUAAAAUAAAAGUACUGAAAAAAGAACUGACCCGGAAAUACAAAAAGAAAAAAGUACUCCAAAACAGAAUCCAUCGAAUACAAGUGAAGAAAAGCCUAAAACGCUUAAGAAAUCAACGAACCCUUAUGGGGAGUGGCAAGAAAUUAAAAAAGAGAGCGAGUCUCUGGAAGAGGUCGAUUUGGAACUUCCAAGCACUGAAAACGAAUAUCUGUCAACUUCAGAAGCUGCUGCUGGAGAAAUCAAAGUGGUAUUUAAAGAAAAGACGGUCUCUUCUCUGGGAGCUGCAGCAGAUGGGGUGGCUCCAGUCUUCAAAAAGAGAAGAAUUGAAAAUGGGAGAUGUCGGAAUUUAAGACAGCGAGGGGACGAUGAGUGAGUGACUGGGAACGAUCCGAGUGCUGUGGACAGAGGAGACGGCCCUUCUGAGCCUCUCUGUGCUCUGUGCACUAUAGUGCUGCAGUUUACGUUUCUGCUAAAUGUAGUUUAUGUGACUCAGAAUAAACCUUUUUUCAUGUGA